AUGGCUACCUUCACUUCCCAGGUCAGCGCGAUGGCUGGCGCCUCCCCGUCGUGCUCUCUCUUCGUGAGCCGGCGGCGGCCGGCGGUCAUGCCCCUGCAGAUGCGGGUUGCUCGUGGCGGGAGGCCGCGCGGGUUGGCGAUGCGGGUGACGUGCGAGAAGGUGGUGGGAAUCGACCUGGGCACCACCAACUCCGCCGUCGCGGCGAUGGAGGGCGGUAAGCCGACGGUGAUCACCAACGCCGAGGGCCAGCGGACGACGCCGUCGGUGGUGGCGUACACCAAGGGAGGAGAACGGCUAGUGGGCCAGAUUGCCAAGAGGCAGGCCGUCGUCAACCCGGAGAACACCUUCUUCUCCGUCAAGCGCUUCAUUGGACGCAAGAUGGCUGAGGUAGAUGACGAGGCCAAGCAGGUCUCGUAUAACGUUGUGCGCGAUGAGAACGGAAACGUCAAGCUCGACUGCCCUGCUAUCGGCAAGCAGUUCGCAGCGGAAGAGAUAUCCGCGCAGGUAUUGAGGAAAUUGGUGGAUGAUGCAUCUAAGUUUCUGAAUGACAAAAUUACAAAAGCGGUGGUUACCGUUCCAGCGUACUUCAAUGACUCGCAGAGAACAGCAACAAAGGAUGCUGGCCGUAUUGCAGGGCUGGAAGUUCUGCGCAUUAUAAAUGAGCCAACUGCUGCAUCUCUUGCUUAUGGUUUUGAGAAGAAAAACAAUGAAACGAUUCUAGUGUUUGACUUGGGUGGCGGUACUUUUGAUGUCUCUGUAUUGGAGGUUGGAGAUGGUGUAUUUGAGGUGCUUUCCACAUCUGGGGACACACACUUAGGUGGAGAUGACUUUGAUAAGGAUUGGCUUGCUAGCACCUUCAAGAAUGAUGAAGGCAUCGAUCUUCUUAAGGAUAAACAAGCCCUUCAGCGUCUUACUGAGGCAGCAGAAAAAGCUAAGAUGGAAUUGUCAACGCUCACACAGGCGAACAUUAGCUUGCCAUUCAUAACUGCUACUGCUGAUGGGCCCAAACACAUUGAGGCAACCCUCUCUAGAGCUAAAUUCGAGGAACUGUGUUCAGAUCUGAUUGAUAGGCUUAAAACUCCUGUUAAUAACGCCUUGAAAGAUGCCAAGCUAUCUGUUAGUAAUCUAGAUGAAGUGAUUCUUGUGGGUGGAUCCACCCGAAUCCCUGCAGUGCAAGAAACUGUUAGGAAGAUUACAGGCAAGGAUCCCAAUGUUACAGUCAACCCUGAUGAGGUUGUUUCUCUUGGGGCGGCCGUACAGGGUGGAGUUUUGGCUGGAGAUGUGAAGGAUGUUGUUCUUCUUGAUGUUACUCCAUUGUCAAUUGGUUUGGAGACGUUGGGUGGAGUGAUGACGAAGAUUAUCCCCAGGAAUACAACACUGCCCACCUCCAAAUCAGAGGUAUUCUCAACGGCUGCUGAUGGACAGACAAGUGUUGAGAUUAAUGUGCUCCAGGGAGAGAGAGAGUUUGUCAGGGACAACAAGUCUCUUGGAAGCUUCCGACUGGAUGGGAUCCCUCCUGCACCACGUGGUGUACCACAAAUUGAAGUGAAGUUUGACAUUGAUGCCAAUGGCAUUCUGUCAGUAGCAGCUGUUGAUAAGGGUACUGGAAAGAAGCAGGAUAUCACCAUCACUGGUGCUAGUACUCUACCAAAGGAUGAGGUCGAGAGAAUGGUAGAAGAAGCUGACAAGUUUGCCCAGGAGGACAAAGAGAAAAGAGAUGCUAUUGACACCAAGAACCAAGCAGACUCUGUGGUGUACCAGACGGAGAAGCAACUGAAGGAGCUUGGGGACAAGGUCCCUGCUCCUGUGAAAGAGAAGGUUGAUGUAAAGCUCCAGGAACUGAAAGAUGCCAUUGCUGGUGGAUCGACACAGAGCAUGAAAACUGCCAUGGAGGCUUUGAACCAGGAGGUAAUGCAGAUCGGACAGGCUAUGUACAACCAAACUAGUGCUGGUGAUGCUGGCUCUACUGAUGCUGAAACUGAGCCUGGUGCUGGAUCAACAAGCUCAGGAAAGGGACCAAAUGAUGGAGAUGUUAUCGAUGCGGACUUCACAGAUAGCAAUUAA